AUGGCCGCGCCGCUGCCGGACGAGCACGUCGACCAGAUCCUCCUCCGCCUCCCGCCGUCGGAUCCUGGGAGCCUCGUCCGCGCCGCGCUCGUCUGCAGGGGCUGGCGCCGCCUCCUCUCUGGCCCGGCGUUCCGCCGCCGCUUCCGCGACUUCCACCGCCGCUCCCCGCCCAUGCUCGGCUUCCUCUACCGCGCCGCGCCGGGCCUCGGCCCCCGCUUCAUGCCCACCCCGUCCUUCCGCCCGCCCUUCGCCGCCGGCCGCCCCUUCGACGGCGAAUCCGUCCCGUUCGAGCCCGUGCGGGUGGACCUCGUCGUGUCGCACCCCUUCACCGGCGAGGAGCGGAGGAUCACCGCGCCGCAGAACUUUUUCGGGUACUGCAGCUGGAGCGGGGCGCUGCUCUGCGCGGCGCCGGGGUGCGGCCACCUCGACUGCCCGCCCGCCGGCUCCUUCGCCGUGGUCUUCGUCGGCACCGACGAGUCCGAGGAGCGCUGCCACUGUGGAUCAUCCCACUGA